UACAGCUGCGAAGGCUGCCAAGGAUUUGAAUGGCCUUCUAGUCGAUGGGAGACCCAUGAAGAUCGAGGUUGUCGUUGAUGCCUCCCACGCGCCCGAUGUCGCUGCUCCCAAGUCCCUUGGUGAGCGUGUCGCUCAAACCAAGCCCAAGCCCAAGCCUGCUACUGCCAACAAGGCCGCUACUAACGCCCAGGGACGUGGUCGCCGUGGUGCGCGUAAGAACGGCCGCACUCCCAACCGCCCCAAGCCUAAGACUGUCGAGGAGCUUGAUGCCGAGAUGGUUGACUACUUCGCUACCACCGAUAACACCGGCCCUGCUGAGGGUAGCGCUCAGACGAACGGAGCCCCUCAGCAGCAACAGGCUGCCGCCGUUGGUGAGGACCUUGGCAUGGCUGAGAUCUCUGUAAUAAAUGAUCCACGAUACACCUUCAUCCGUGAACACAAUGUGAAGUUGUCGUCCAAUGCCUUCGCCACCUGGCCACACUCUUUGCGCACUCGGGGUCUGCCGGUUGGAUUCGAGUUGAAUUCCCCUUAACACUUUUAUCCCUUUCCUCUUUUGUUUCUCCUUCUGCCUUUCGGACUAUGUUGCUCGCGGUUUGCUUUUUUUUGCCUCCACUCGCCUCCACUUCCCUCUCAUCUUUGUCCUUGUUUUUAUUUUCACUUUUUUUUCACUACGUUUAGGGAUUUUCGGUGGUGGGAAGAUCGGGGUCUGUUAUCUGUAUCUAAUAAAGA